AGGUGGGUGGACUCUGAGGAGCGCAGCGAGAGAGCAGCAAAGUGCCUCGAUGCUUCACUGUCACCUGUACGUGAAAUGAACACCUGUUGCCGGAGGGUUUUUAAAGAAGAAAUACGAUCAUAUUUCAGGUGGUUUGCAACCCCUCAAAGGAACAAGGCCUGCUUUUAGUUUGUCACACACUGACCUGAUCGCCGUACGAACCAAAGUGAGGCAUAAGUUGGACUAAAAGGAGCGUAAGAAGGAUGAGUUUUUAGCAGGAAGUAUCACAGCGGCUGCCAAUAACCGAGCCACAGAUUGAACAUGCUGCAGGUUGUAUGAGUGACAGAUAUGGGGUCAGCGAGAUCGUAUUUGCAGACUUUUGCUGUUGUGGCUGUUUUUUGCCUAUUUUUAGGGAUCACAGAAGGUUCGAGGCCAGAGGUGCAUGGAAAGGCUGGAGGUGUGGUGGAGUUGGAGUGUAGCUUUCCUCCAUCAGAUCCACCCGCUGUGUCCUCAGCGUCCCUACAUGUGGUGGAAUGGAUUCGACAGGGACUCGACAUUCCCAUCCUGAUCAAAUUCGGAUCCUACCUGCCCCGUGUCCAUCCACAAUAUGAGGGGCGGGUGUCUCUGGUACGAAUCACUUCCCUGAGGCUGGAGGAUCUGCAGCUGGAUGACCAGGGCUUGUAUGAGUGUCGAAUCCUCUUACUGGAUGAACCCACAGAUGAGCUGCAAAACGGCACCCAGACUCUGCUUUCUGUAACUGCCCCACCCACUUUCACAGAAGCUCCGCCUCCUCUGGUGGAGGCUCUGGUUGGAAGUCAUUUCUUUCUUUCCUGUGGUGCUAAUGGCAGCCCGACUCCAACCAUCACCUGGCUAAAAGAUGGCAGUGUGAUUCAAAGAGUGAAUUAUCAGGAAGGAGUCUUAUCUCUGCAAGCAGUGAGCAUGCAGUCAGCAGGACAGUACACCUGCCACGCCUCCAACUCUGAGGGAUACGUGACUCGUGUGACCAAAGUGAAGAUCAAAGGUCCGCCUGUCAUUGUCAUCCCUCCCAAAGACACCUCUCUCAACAUGUCCCAGAAUGCAUUUCUCCAGUGCCAGGCCGUGGCCGACCCCCCCAACAUGACCUACGUAUGGCAGAAAGAUGAUGAAAACGUCUAUCACAUAGAGUCUCUGAAGUCACGAGUGAAGAUCAUGGUCGAUGGAACUCUGCUCAUCUCCGGUCUCAUCCCAGAGGAUUCGGGGAACUACACCUGCGUGCCGACAAAUGGCCUGCUGACCCCGCCCACAGCCUCUGCCAAACUCACAGUGAUGCACCCAGCCCUGGCUCUUCAAAUGCCGCAGCAAACGUACCUUCCCACAGGUAUGGAAGGUGUGGUCACCUGCCCAGUGGUAGCUCAACCUCCUCUGCUCCGUGUGGAUUGGACAAAAGAUGGAGAACCACUUGACUUAUCCUUGUAUCCAGGAUGGAUCUUGACCCCGGAGGGCUCUUUGUUUAUGGCCAGAGUCAAUGAUGAUACAGCAGGCGUGUACACGUGUACUCCAUACAACAGCUAUGGCAGCAUGGGUUCAUCAGGGCCAACGAAUGUAAUUCUACAGGACCCCCCAUCAUUCAGCAUCACUCCAGAGAAGCAGUACAGACAGGAAGUGGGUAGAACCGUGCUUAUCCCAUGUCAAGGAAAUGAGGACCCAACAAUUAAAGUGACAUGGAGCAAGGUUGACUUGGCUCGUCGUACAUCUUACUCCAUAGAACCCAAUGGUUCUCUGCUCCUGCAGCCUCUCACUAAGGACCACCAGGGGACGUGGGAGUGCAGCGCUGCUAACCGCGUCGCCGUGGUGAAAACCAGCACACAAGUCUUUGUCCUGGGUACCAGUCCCCACGCGGCUACCUCUCUGUCCGUCUCUCCAGGGGUGAAGCAGGCCAACAUAUCCUGGGAGGCAGGCUUUGAUGGAGGAUCAGCACAGACAUUUUCAGUUUGGGUGAAAAAGAUUUCGGCGAGUGAUAAUGAUGGGAAGCAGGACUGGUUUUCUGUGCCUGUGCCCACCUCAGCUGGCACCAUCCUGCAGGUGACGGGCCUGUCCCCUUCCACAGACUAUCAGUUCAGCAUCCUGUCUCACAAUAAAAUGGGCACAGGACCCUUCAGCGAGAUUGCUACUGCGCGGACCUUGGAUCCUCCAGCGAGGAGGGGUAAACUAAAGCCCCCAGCGUCUCUGUCAGCUAAUCAGGGCUCAGCGGGUGUUGUUCUGCAAUGGUCCCUUCCUGAAGCUCAGCAACCUCCCAUCACAGCAUUUGUUCUCCAAUCCCGCACCGAGCAAGGGGAGUGGUUUAAUUUGGAUGAGGACAUCAGUGCCAACAGUAGCGAGAUAGUCAUUUCGGGUCUGCACAAGGACUGUGUGUACGAGCUGCGGCUGCUAUCUCGUCGUGGGGAGUUGCUGAGCGAGCCUAGUCCAUCAGUCAAUGUCUCCACCAUGGGGAUGGAGAUCUACCCUGCCCCAUCUCAGCUCCUGGAGUUCGUCCCAGAGCCAUUACUGGCCGGCGUGCUGGGUGGGGUCGGCUUCAUGUGCUUGGCACUCAUCUUGCUGCUGGGUUCUGCCUGUGUCAUCAGCCACAAGAGGGACCAGCGCCGCAGAAAGAAGAAGGAUGAGCCCCCUCCUGACAUCUAUAAAUGCUCCCCAUCAAUUAAGAAUUCAGGCACCAGCAGUCCAGACAGUGUGCUGAAGAAAAGCCUACUUCCAGCCAGCAACCUCUAUCCUACCACUUCCUGUACCACCACCUCCUCCUCGUCCUCGCAGACAGACUGUUCCUCCUUUAGCACUGAGAAUCAUCACAGGCGGAAACAUCUAUUGUCCAACUACAGCAGAGGCCGCCUUACAAGAACAACAUCUUCACCAAUUUCUCCUUCAAUUGAGCUGAUCUCUCGAGGUCCAGAUGGCCGCUUCAUACUCCCAUCAUGUGACAAUGAUACACUGAGUGUUCUCAGCAAGAAAAGCACAACAUAUGACAAACUUGCAGGGGUCCGAAGGACUGUUUCACUGCACUCAGAAAGGGAAGACAUGAAAGAGCCACCGUUUGUACUCUCUGUAGAUCUCCCACCUUGCAAACCAGCAGAAGCUAAUUCCACACAGCGAGUUGGUGGUAUAACCCAGCAGCUGCCCUAUCACAGAAAAUAUAUCCUUGAUCAAAAGGCAUCCUAUGAUGGUUUUCCUGACCUCAGCAGCAUGUGCUCAAAUAGUAGUUUGGCCACUGUUCCUCAACAAGACAGAGAACCAACUCUAACUUUUCCAGUGCUCCCACAUAUCCGUUCCGGCCUAGGUCAGCCAUCCACAACUGCCAGCACUCUGGUUCUCCAAAUGGAGCACGAGCGGGAACGAGGAAAUCUGAGUCACUGCCUGAAACUGGCUAAGGAGAGGGAAGAGCUGGAGAGGGAGCUCCAGAAGUACACUCUGGGAAGGAGCUCCAUGAGAGAAACGAGGAGUGAGCAUUUUGACUUAGACAGGCAAGAGGCUGGUGGUUAUGAACUUAUGUGGGAACAUAAGAGCAGCACUUUGCCACACAGAUACCUCCAAGACAGCAAGGAGAGCUUUGGUCUGUCACCAAGCCCUUUUUCAUCAUCUUCUGUGCAUGGGGGAACCCAUCCUUAUGUCUCUCCCUCCACUCUGAUUCCAGAUUUCACUCGUGUCAAUCUGUCUUCACCUAUGAGUCCAUCUUGUUUUAAGUCCAUCAGCCAUCAUCCUGCUGCACCAUUUACCAAACAGACCCAAGUCCAAUCAGAAAGGCCAGGCAGUUUUUCCAAAGACAGAUUAACUCUCCCACAUCUCUCCUCAAAUCCCCAGAGACAUGAAAGUGUAGAGGCAGCACCAGAGGGCUAUGAUAAUUCACCACAAUUAGAAAUGCAAACGAAUGAUUCAUGCUCUAAAGCACGGAGACAGAACAGUCUUAGUCAUGGCAGCAUUUCAACGUUGUCUUUCCAUAGCAAUAAAUAUACUGAAAGAUCUAAUUUGACUCUGGGUGUAGUGCCAGAUUCAGACUCCACAAAAGUGGAGGUAGGGUUCCCUGAACCUUCUGAUGAUGACAUGUGUGUAGAGAUGAGUGUGGAUGAGCCAGAGUUAGAGGUAUGUGUAAUGCGACCUACAACGCCCAUGCUGCACCACAGAAUCGCCUCUCAUGUGCAGCAAGGGCAGUCUCUGACUCGCAGAGGCCGGUACGAGGACAUGAGUAGGAGCCUGAGCUUUAACUGCCGCAGUCCUGUCUCUGUGGAUGAUAUUAUCAAGAAACCAGCUUCUUCACAACCUCCACAACCAGAACUCUGGAAACCUGUAACCCAAGGCUCUAAAAUCUGGGACUCUAAACACCGAAGUCAUAGCCUUGACUCAAGGAGACGCAAAGAGAGUAAUUUUUUGACUCCUGAUGCGUGGGUAGAUUCUCUCAGCCAACAGAAUUGUUCUGCUACAUCUUCCUGUUGUCCAGAUUCUUUGUUCUGGGAACCCCAGACUUCUCCUUUAAGGAAGAUCUCCAAAUCUCUAGCAGAUUCUCCUCCUGCUUCCCAAACUGCCUCCUGUUUACCUCCUGCUGCGAAUGCUUUAUCUCCAAGGAGCAGUCCAGACAGGUCCAUAUCAAAUUCUGAUGUGCCUUGCCACUACGAGCCGAAAAGAGAGGAGUCCGUCUUUCCCAGUGCUUCCAGAUGGCCAAUCGCCCACCAGGAAGCCGUAGAAAAGGCAAAAGGUUCCUUGGAGGCCAUGAAGGAAGCUUCCAGAUGCUUACCACUCAGGAACAGUAAUCAAGAUGCACUAGAAGUGGAGGCAGGUGGCUAUGAGGGAGUGCCAGAGUCCGGGAGCAGCUACAGCAGUUAUGCCAGCAGCGGCCGAGGCAGCAUGGAGCCUGCUAACGGACGUCUGUCCCUGUGUCACCUUUCCCCAGUCCUCACCAGCUCACCAGAGACAGUCGAGGAGAGCCAAGGGAGCACAGAGGACAAGCACAGUCACCAAAUGGAACCAAGCCAAAGGAGAAAGGCCUCAGUUGAUGAGAAUUAUGAGUGGGAUGCUGCAGAUUUCUGCUCACAGCCUGGAGACCAUGAUGGCCUGAUUCCUUCAUCGAAUCUUCUGAAGCCUGCUAGGUGCUGUAGCCUUCCCAGCAUGCAUUGCUCCACAAAGGCACUGAGAAAUUGCACUCAGCUCUCUUUGCUCCCAGGCCAUCAAAGCAGCUGCUCUGCUGAGCCAGAACCAGACACUGUGCUGUUCUGACAGUGCCAGCCUUUGGCCCAUUUCACCUAGUGUGUCCUUUGACUUACUGACUUGCAUCACAAGGUGACAAAAAAGUGCAUGUGGCAGAGAGUGCGCUUUAGAUUGAUCAAUUCAAUUCACUUUUCAAACCAAAAAAGACUAGAGUACAGAAUAUCUUUUUGUGUGUGUGUGGGUGGGUUGGUCUGCUCAAUCUUUUUUUUUUGUUUUUUUUUUUUUUUAACUUGAAAAAUAAUGGUUUUCAACAAUACAGGUUUUAGUUAAAGUAGCUGAGACAUGAAAUCACCUGUACCCUUAUGCAGAGCAUUUAAAGUUUGUUUUGCUUUGUGACUGUCAUGCUCUUGAUAUUUUCUUUCUUUCUGUCGUUCUGCCAAUAUCAAAGCAUUUCACUGUGCUCGAGGAUUCACUACUGUAGUUUGAUGAGGAUUCAUCAUCCAGGGAUGACUCAUUGGCCACGCCAGGGACAAAACGAUCUCAGUCAUCAUCAAGUGACUGGUUUAGGCAGGGGAUAAAUAAGUGUUUAGAUAUAAUCAAUCAGUUUUGAGUUUAAUAAAAUAGAUAUUUAUGAAAUGCCAACAAAUAUGGAAGAUAAAUAGGAAAUGAAAGGUUAUUCGGCUGCACGGUACGGUAGCUGUUCUACUUUAGUUUAGCAUUGUUUUUAAAAGUGUCGUUUCCCAGCAGAGAUCAUUAUCAGCUUUUUUCCCCUUCAAAUUGCUGUUUUUAAGGUUUUUUUCCAUACCAAAAAUUCAUACUGGAUGAAGGCCUUACUUUCCCCUGCAGGCCAUCUAUUUGUUCAGUGAAGCAAGACCUGUAAUUAUGUUCAGUAAUUGAAGAGGGUCAGGUCAACUUGUAGGGUUUGCCCUUGUUUAUUUUUUUUUUAUGGAGAUAAAGGGAGAUUAGCUUUUAUUUUGACUUUAAUUUACCAAGGGUCACUUCACUGAAUGAACACCUGCUUUACACUCACAGAGUUAUUCACACAGGGAGCAAACAGCAGCGCUGAUAAAUGGCACCAGUUGAAUGCUUAUAUGCCUCGUUUGAGGGCAUGUCGACAGCAGGCAUUGAGCACAUCCUUAUCAAAUUGUAUAGUCAUGCUGUCAUUUCAUAAAAUGCUGUAGUCAAAAAUGAGGAAUUAAAAGCAAAUUUCAUUGUAAAUUCGCAAAAUUAGUUGUUAAAGUUUUUCUUUUAUCUGACUGCUCAGUCACAUCAGUAUUUAUAACAGUGAAGUUUCUGAUCCAAUUUUAUUCAUUUCAGUGGUCACCUUAUUAUAAAGGUCCUAUGUUUUUGAUUCAGGGCUGUUUAGUGAUUUAGGGACAGAAAUGGAAAACAAUAUUCACAAUUACUGUUUUCAGUGGAAAGUAGCUAAAGAGUGUUCAAAAAGUCACCACACUUGCUGGUUGGUGUCACAUGCUAAUUUUCAUAUCAUAUAAUUUGAUGUCACCACGUAACCACUUACAUAUACCGUAUACAAGAGAUAUAAAAAUAAAAUUCAAAAAAUCUGUUAAGCUAAACCUAACUGACUCUUUAUCAUUAUCAUUAUCUUUAUCAUUAUCUUUUUUUUAAAAGCUAAAUUUUCAAUAACUUGUUAUGCAGGCUGCUGACACUAAAAUAAACUCACUGUUAUGUACUUCUUUGUAAGUGAUUGUGCUUAGUUAACCUUCCCCCACUGCUUCCAGCACAAUUUGUCAAGAAAGCACAAAUGAAUAUUUGUGGUGUGACUGGGCACUCUUAGUCACACUCAGAGUCUUAUCUGUUGCAAGGGAUAACAGUGAAACACAGUUCAUUGCAAUGUUGUUUUAAUUAUUUUAUGCGGUAUAUAUCCUAAAUUUUUACAAUGAUGCUGAAAAAUUUAAAUCACUGAAAGCACUAAUUUUACCCCCACCUGCUUCCCAGUGUAGAUUGUUUCUGUCAAACCAGCGACGUUCCAGGCACAAACCUGUCACCACUGCUGUAAACCUGCUGAGAGAAACGUGCCUGUGCCUCAUGCUCUGUUUUCUCCAUGAACAAUGAUGGGAUAAAAAAAGGAACAUUGGGCUUUGCUUGCUGCUCUAGCUCAAGGCCUUCACAUUAGUCAACCAAAUAAUUAACUCAGAACUCCACAGUGUACCAGAGCAUUGUGGAGUAUCCAUCCUGUAAUUGAAAUUCACUCAUAGAGGCUGCAUUUACUGCAAAUCAAUGUUUCACUUCUGUAGAACAUUUUCAUUUUCUAGUGUACACAUAUUGUACCACAAGUCCAUAAAUGAUCAAACCGCAUGUGCUGCUCUGGGGAUUUGUAGUCAGCACUACUUUUUUGCCUAUGUUUUUAAAAUUGAAUCCAAAUAUUGCGCUUCCAAUACAUCAAACAAGGAAAUGUGAAAAUAUUUUUUCGUGUACCAUCUACAUUUUUUUAAAAGCACAAUUUUGCCCCUUGUUGACAUUUAGGACUACAACCUGAAUAGCAAAAUCAUACAGGGAACGCAACAGAAUAAAACAAUCCAAAGGAAACCUGUUCACAAAGAGAUGUGAAUAACAGCAAGGGCUCAUAAACUGGACUGUUAUACUGCUACCUUUUUAGUUAUUGUGUGUACUUAGGGGGAUUAGCUUUAAAGCAGGCUCUCUUUUAUUAUGUCCAUUAAACACUGAAUGAAUUAUUUGCAAAUGCUAGGAAGUGACUCUCGAGUCUAACAACCAAUCAAGGUCUUAUGAAAUGAAAUGUCAUAUACAGACUGAAGUGUAACCAAAUGGUGCUCAUGUUACUUCAGCACAGUUCUAAACUGUGAGUAACUCGAGUCUCUUGAGUGAAUGUCAGCAUACUAUAAAGCUUUACCAGACUGUAUUUGCUGUAUUUAAAUGGGCUACGUGAUUAUAGCGUUGUCAAAACAUUCAGAUUGCAAGGAUUUGUUUGUAGAAAAAUGACACAGUAGCAAAGCUCAGUGCUUUGACAAAAUAUCAGGAACAUUUGGACAUUAUAAUUAUUAAUAAUCCUAUAAUUAACAUUAUAGUAAUUAGUGAAAUAACUUCUUAAAAUUUGUUAGAUGAAAUUCAACAGCUUCCUCCAACUCUUCAAAAAUCAAGUUGUAGUUGGAGGCAGCAUGCAGUGCAUGUCAGAGGUGCAGAAAUGGCUUUACUCUCUGCUGCUCCAUUUACACAACGUAAACUGGAGAAGCAAUCUGUGAUGGUGUAAAGAUAUACAGCUUGAUUCUGCUCUUUUGACACUGAGUGGGCAGCGGAUUUCAUUGACUGAUAAAAUACUUGUCUUACAUCUGAACCAGCUUCCAAUUAAACUAAUGGUAUUAGUACUGCAGCACCAGACAACCCCCAUCCUGAGAAAAUGAUCGGAGGUAAUGUCACAGUCAUCCUUUUUAAUGCUCUGCAAUUCCAUUUAUUUAGACUUUUA